AUGGGUUAUCCAGCAGUUUUGGGAGGUGUCAGCAGAAAAGUGACAUCUAAAAUUUACACACAUUCGUGUGGAUUCAAACGGAUGGACAAAUUGCAGUUUGGUGCACGUAUGUCUGUAAUCAAGACAAACAAAGACGGUGCAAAGCCAUCUUUCAUAAUUUAUUCGACAAUUCCCUACGAUGACCAUGUGAUUUCUUCCCUUAACAAGCUUAUGGUUGAGAAUGGCGAUCUAACCAAAGACCAGUCCUUUGUUCAGAAUGUUACACACAUCAUUAUUCCUGACAGAGAGCAUACCAUGGCACUUCUUCCGUAUAAAGAGAAAUACCCAUCGAUCAAGGUCAUUGGCUUUGAAGGAUGCGACGAACAGAUCAACAAGGCUAUAGACUACAAAAUUCCUGAAACAAGUGGCAACACCAUUCUAAAGAGCGAUGACCUCGUGAAGUUUGGAAUUCCAAAGGACUCUGAUAUCAUUGCAAAUGAUUUCCAGUUCUUAUAUAUCCCAUCGCACCAGAACAAGGAGUUGAUGUUGUUUGUUCCUUCUGAGAAAACUCUUUUGGAGGCUGAUAUGUUCUUCAAUCUUCAGUAUUCUGGCAACAGGAGACCCGAAUCGGACCUUUACAACGAACAAUUCGGGUCCGUUGAUCCGCAAACAGGAGUAUACGGAUGGUUGACAAAAAAGUUGUUCACACCUAAUACGUUUUUGAAUCGUCAAAUUUCCGGUUCCAUUUUCAAAGAUAGAGAAGGUGCAAAGAAGGCUGUUUCGAGCAUGCUUGAGGAGUGGGACUUUGAACGUAUUAUCAUGUGCCACGGAGAUACAAUUGAUAGGGAUGGCAAGAAAGUGUGGAAAGAUGCUUUUGCCUCGUUAUUGCAGUGA